UUAGCUUUUUUCCCUAUAAAUACCUCAUUUUUCAUUCGAGUUCUCACAACAAAUUCUACAUUUCCCUCUCCCGUGAUAGAAUUAUUGUCGAUAAGCGGCAUGGAAACUCGAGUGACUAGUGUGGUUCUAGCGUUACUUGUGGUUGCCUUCAUUAGCUUCAGAGGUGCUGAGAGCAGAAAGGCGAGGAUUUUGGACUCCUUUGAGUACAGUGCCAUAAAUUGCAGGGCUCACAGUGCAUCAUUAACUGAUUUCGGAGGAGUUGGCGAUGGAAAAACAUCGAACACUAAAGCAUUUAAGGAUGCAAUUGAUCAUUUGAGUCAGUUUUCAUCAGAUGGUGGCUCUCAGCUCUUUGUUCCUGCUGGAAAUUGGUUGACUGGUAGCUUCAGUCUUACCAGCCACUUCACACUUUACCUACACAAGGAUGCUGUGCUUCUUGCCUCUCAGGACAUGCAAGAAUGGCCAGUGAUGAAACCUCUGCCGUCGUACGGCAGAGGGAGGGAUGCAGCAGCGGGGAGGUACAGCAGUCUCAUAUUUGGAACGAACCUCACUGACGUUAUUAUUACAGGGAACAACGGCACAAUUGACGGCCAGGGAGCAUUCUGGUGGCAGAACUUCCACAAGGGCAAGCUAAAAUACACCAGGCCUUACUUAAUUGAGAUCAUGUUCUCAGAUACUAUCCAAAUUUCAAAUCUAACGCUCCUGAAUUCCCCGUCUUGGAAUGUUCAUCCUGUUUACAGCAGAGAUAUUCUUGUGCAAGGCAUUACCAUCAUCGCUCCAAUCACAUCACCAAAUACCGAUGGAAUUAAUCCAGAUUCCUGUACAAACACUAAGAUUGAAGAUUGUUACAUAGUUUCUGGAGACGAUUGUGUGGCAGUUAAAAGUGGUUGGGAUGAGUACGGGAUUGCAUUUGGAAUGCCCACAAAGCAACUAGUCAUCAGACGGCUCACGUGCAUCUCUCCAUACAGUGCCACGAUUGCUCUAGGGAGUGAAAUGUCAGGUGGGAUAGAAGACGUUAGAGCAGAGGAUCUCACAGCCAUCCAUACAGAAUCUGGGGUCAGGAUCAAAACUGCUGUAGGGAGAGGAGGGUAUGUGAAGGAUAUAUACGUGAAGAGAAUGACCAUGCAUACCAUGAAAUGGGUCUUUUGGAUGACUGGAAAUUAUGGGUCACAUGCUGAUAAGAAUUAUGAUCCAAAUGCACUGCCAUUGAUUCAAGGCAUAAAUUACAGGGACAUGGUUGCAGACAAUGUGACAAUGGCUGCUAGAUUGGAGGGCAUUGCAGGCGAUCCAUUCAAGGAAAUUUGCAUCUCUAAUGUGACAAUCGGAUUGGCACCCAAGGCAAAGAAGGUGCCAUGGACCUGCACCGAAAUUGAGGGUAUGACAAGCGGGGUAAGUCCACGACCAUGUGAUUUGCUACCGGAUCAAGGGCCAGAGAAAAUCACAUCCUGUGAUUUCCCUCCUGAGAAGAUACCAAUCGACUUGGUACAGUUCAAGACGUGCUCCUUCGGAAUGAGUUAUGUGUGAACUUUGCUUCUCUACUACCAUCAAGCAAUGUAUAAACACUGCUAGCUCCGAGCAAAAAAUAUAUAUAAUCUACUAGUUUCUCUCAGUUUUAUAA